AUGAAACGAUUCGCAUUUAUAGCCUUGCUCUUCACUGUGGGUGCUCAGGUACUUCCAGACCGUACUCCCUAUAUUAUUAAUGGACACCCAGCUCCUCAUCAGCCCUAUAAUGCAUACGUUCAAUAUCUGAAUGCGCAAAAUGCAGGAUACUUUGGCGGUGGCUCAAUAAUUUCAGACAGACACAUCCUCACAGCUGCUCAUAUUAUAAACGGAUUUGUCCGAUGGGAUAUUGGUCUCGGCAGCAAUGCUUUCACUCAGUUAAGCAUACUAACCACCAAUAUGGCUGCGGCUCAUCCUGACUUCAAUGUCAAUACUCUAGAUAACGAUAUUGGUAUCCUUACGUUGGCGCAUCCCCUCAUUUUUAGCUCAGCGAUAGCUCCAAUUACGCUGCCUGCUUUGCAAGGACAACUUCAAUUACCGUUGGAAAAUGAAGAGGGAGCCAUUCAUGGAUUCGGUUUUACCACAGCAGCAUCCCCUAUUCGUUCGGACUUUCUGAUGCGAUCGUUCCAGCGAGUUACGUCUUCUAAUGUAUGCCAGCAGUACUACCAGGUUAUAAUUCCGAAUCACUUCUGUGCUGAAGAUACUGUCGAGCAAUCCAACCUUUGUUUCGGUGACCUCGGGGCUGGUUUCGUAACUUACGUACGAGGCAGUCCAACGCUGACUGGUGUAGCAUCAAUGAUUGCAAAUGACUGCGCCAGUGGUACCCCAACCGGAUACACUCGAGUUGGUACAUAUAGACAAUGGAUUCAGCAGGUGACAGGAGUUUAA